AUGACUCAACGAGUUGCCACUGCUUACUAUCCACAGACAUACGGGCAAGCUGAAGUGUCGAAUCGAGAAAUAAAGUCCAUUUUGGAAAAGACUGUUAAACCUAAUAGAAAGGAUUGGAGUUUGAGACUAAAUGACGCACUUUGGGCUUAUAGGACAGCUUACAAGGGACUAAUAGGCAUGUCACCUUACCAACUCGUUUUCGGUAAACCGUGCCAUCCCUUGGUCAAAUUAGAGCAUAAGGCAUUUUGGGCAGUUAAGCACUGUAAUAUGGAGAUGGAUUCUACAGGAAGGUCUCAGAAGUUGGACAUCCAAGAACUCGAGGAAAUUAGAAAUGAUGCAUAUGAAAAUGCUCGAGUUUAUAAAGAAAAGACGAAGGCAUUUCAUGAUAAGUUAAUCACUAGGAAGCAGUUUUCAAUAGGAUAA